AUGCGGUAUUUCCUCUUGUUUCUGGGUCUCAGUAGUCCAUUCAUUGGCGGUGUGUCCUGUCGAUCACACAACCUCACACAGCUAUUCGAAAGGGGUAUAUCGGUCGCCAGCCUGGAGCUAUCACCAGGCAGCGAGCUAUAUUUUCCUGGCGACCCCGAGUUCGACCAGGCUUCGGUUCGCUGGACUAACUUUAGUCGGCCUACCUUCUCGGCUGCCGUGCUACCAGCGCUAGAAUCUGAGCUCGCCCUGGUACUUGAGUUUGGACGUCUCGGCGCCCUGCCGACAGCUCUAUUAGGCCACUCUAGUGUGGAAAUUGCUGCCGCUUAUGCCGCUGGCUGCGCGGGUAGGAGGCAAGAUGGCCGCAGUGAGGCUGGGGGUCGCGGAUGUCUCGCCUUUCUUGCAGCCCGGCGAGCGUGUCAUGGCGUUGGCUCCGACGAGCACGCUUUCUACGCGUCUGAUUGUUCCGGCCGCGUCGGCUGUUCGUAUCCCGACCAGUACCGUCACGGGCUUGGGCUUCCUACCACCAUCUUGAAUAUCUGCCCAGUCGAUGGCGCAGGGUACGUGGCAGACAACCUGACUGCACACAAGAACAUGAAAGCUCAAGGCCUCUUCUUCCUGGGAGAACAGGAGUUCCUCGACUUCGUUCAGCUCAACAUUUUGCAUCCGAACGGAGGCCGCGAAAAAGCUAUUGGCUCAGCCCGAGAACGCUACAUUUCUUGCGCGGGAGAUCGGGAAGAAGAUUUAUGA